AACCAGUUUCAAGCCAACGUUUGAGCCGUGGCGUCGGAUCAAGUGAUCGCUCGAAAUAGAUUUUUACUUGUUGCGUUUUAGCGUUGUUAUUUAUUUUUGUUUUUUUUUUUCUUUCCUUUCCUUCGUAUCGUUAACGUUGUUGUUGUUUCUGUGAACAGCACCAACAACCAGGAGAAAUAUUAACUAUUUAAUAUAUACAUAUUACACCACACACACAUCGAUCGGGAAUAUAUAGCUUUGUGCAACCAAGUGUAACUGACAAAUUAACUGAAACGAAAUUUACAUAAAUAAUAUAAAAAACAAACGCCGUCAAAAUUGGUUACCUAACGAAAACUUCGUUUGUGCUACACGAAGGCAAUCGAGACGACGAUAUGGGGUUCAGUUCACGCAUGGACUGCUGCGGCCAGUUCGUCAAAUAUAGCCUUUUCAUAGCCAAUUUUGUAAUAUUUGUGGGCGGCGCCAUUGUCUUUUGCCUGACACUGUGGACUCUGGUGGAUCGGAGUUUCGUCAAUGAACUGUUGGGAACAAAUCUAUUUUCGGGCGCUGUUUAUGUUCUACUUGUCACCUCGAUUAUCAUUUGUCUUGUAUCAUUUUUGGGCUGUGUGGGCGCCGGCAAGGAAGUCAAAUGUCUGCUCUUAACGUAUUUCAUCAUUGUUGCUUUGGUUUUCGUGACCAUGUUAAUUGGCGGCGUUUUGGGGUACGUUUUUCGUGAGCGUGUGCAGCAGACCAUGCGACAGGAAAUGCGCUCCACCAUGGCAUUAUAUGGCAGUCGUCGUGAAAUAACCCAAGCCUGGGAUUUAACGCAGGAACGUUUACAGUGCUGCGGUGUGGAUACAUGGCAUGACUGGAAUCGUUAUGGCCUAGUGCCGGAAUCCUGCUGCCAGGAGCUGUUCGGUGGACAGCGCAAGGAAUGCACAUUGUUCCCCACCGUCACCAAUCUGUACAAUCAGGGUUGUCUAUAUGUGACGACCAAUUUCAUAAGAGAUCAUGCAGCAGUUAUCGGUGGCACAUCCAUUGCAGUUGCUAUACUUAUGAUCUUUGGCAUGAUAUUCUCCUGUUUACUGUUCAACAUGAUUGAAUAGCGCCAUCCAGGAGGGGGAGGAAAGGCACGGAUCGGUGUCGGUGCCGGUGCCCCCAAUUGGAGCUCACAGGAGACCCAUUUUUAAUUGUAUCUGUUAAGAGUAUUAUCCCAUUGUGUGUAUGCGUUUAGUUGUUACAUACUUUAGUGCGUGUGCAUGUAUUCAUAUUGAUAAUUGAGUGUUAUCAUACUGUUACAUAAAUUUGUAUUAUUUUUUUUUUUUUACCCAUAUAUAUCUAUAUAUAUUUGUAGUGCCCUAUGGUUACUUAUUUUCUCUGUUAUAAGAACAUGAAAUCGUUAUAGUGAGAAUGUUGUUGUUUUGCCUAACAAUUGAUUGCUAAAUACAAAUACUUGGAGAACAAAAAAAAAACAAAGAAAAUUAAUCACCCACAGAAAAAAUUUUGUACAUCUUAAUAUUUCGAUUUCAAAACUAAUUUGCAGGUGCAGAUGAGAGAAAGAAGAAGAUUCUCAAGAUAGGUAAUGUGCUUAUGAAGGCAGUAAAAUUUAAAUUCCAUUUAAUAAAAAAAAAGCGUGAAAACAAGUUUAUUUAGUCUUAGAAUUUAAGCUCGAAAGUAUGCAAAAGCAAUGACUAAAUCAUAAAAAUUGUGAUACUGGAUUGUGUGGAAUUGUGCGACAUAAUAGACAAAUUGCUAAAUGGAAUGUA